ACGAUUGUCUGAGCACAGUUGCAGGAGACGGUCACCAUUAUCUGUUCGCUGAGUUGGGAACUAAAAAUAUCCACCUAAAUAUCUUUCUGUUUAAAGUCAUCUGCUGUGAGUAUUAUGUGUGAACCUUAAGCUUUAUGAAGAAAUUCAGAAAGCUUUCUGUAAAGGUCAUUUUUCAUUAAACCAAUGAAGUGAUUUGCUUUUGUGUUUUGAGUUAUUAGUCACGUAGUAGAUUUACGCACUCUUUUUAUGGUUCAAGGAUAUCAUAGUUGGAGUUGAGAACUGAGAAUACAAUUCAGUAGAAGCAGGGUAAAUAUCAUCAUAUUUAACCAUUAAUUCAUAAGUGUAAAUGGGUCUAAUCAUUUGAACCUAUGCAUAUAUGUGCUUUGUCCUUCUUUGUAGCCGAAUGACCGAUAUUUUCAAACUCACCACAUUUGGGAUAUUAGUGUGCAUCAUACUGCUGUGCGAAAUCGAUAUUCGGUAAUCUGUUAUUUGAGGAUUUUUUCAAUAGUUUGGAUCACGAACCGAUCUUACUUAGACCACCAUUGAGACUUGGGAGUGCUCCUUAACCGUGCACAUAUGCGACCACGCAUCUUGAAGUCAAACCAAGGAUUUCCGAUUUUGCGCGUGAACAUUUGUUUACCAUAUUACUGAGCAGAAUUCAAUGUUAUACAUGUCUGAUUUCAAUCAGUUCAUGAAGAUUGUUACGCUACUAAAAUAACUAUAAGUAACCAAAAUAGUUUUACAGAUUUUUCAGCGUCAUGUUGAUUUGGGCGAAGUCAAAAAUUCACUCACGAAUUUCUCUGUUGAGAAUCAAUUGAUGCCCAGUAUUCUGUCUGAAAUUUCACUGUAAAAGAGUUGUCAGCAUCUCAUAGACUGGAUGAGGCUGUAUGGUGUUUGAGGUUCAUUAGAAUAAGUAUUUUGCGUACAAUGUUCAUCGAAUGUUUGAAAAUGUAAUUAUAAUAUUUGUAACAAUUAAUUGAAAAGUAUCGUAUUCCUCUUAUACUUUAUUUGACUACUCUUUCAGUCCGUUUCGUAUCGUCAGCGAUUGUGGAGCUGCAUUUGCUAUGGGUACUAUCGGUGGUAGUGUUUUACAUUUCUACAGAGGCUAUCGUAACGCUCCUUCGGGUUAUACAAAAAAACUAGUAAGCGCAAUGGUUAACAGUCGUCAACGUGCACCAAUUACGGGUGGAGGGUUCGCUAUAUGGGGUGGAGUGUUUACUGCUGUCGAUUGCUCUUUAGUUCUUGCUCGUCGAAAAGAGGAUCCGUGGAAUUCCAUCACUAGUGGGGCUAUAACGGGAGCUGCUCUGGCUGUUCGUCAUGGUCCAACAGCUAUGGUCGGCCAAGCAUUUGUUGGUGGCGUUAUAUUGGCAAUUAUCGAGGGACUUGGAAUCAUGAUAAAUAGAUUCGCUCCUAUGCUGAUGCAAGCUCCGCCAGACUCUGUACCAAAUCCACAAAACGAUCAGUCAUCAGGUCCAGGAAGCUCGCCUGGUAGUGGAGGGAGUGGAUUUUACGACUUUUUUGGUUCCAGUUCCACACAUUCGUCUUCGGAGGCAACUGCUACAGAGUCUGCUACUACAGUAUCACCGAAAUCUGGAUUUAUAUUUCAAUAG